CUUUUAUACUCUACUUCGUAUCUUUCUCCUUUUUCUUUUUGUCUCCCUCUCAUUUAUCCCUUUCCUUUAUCUUUUCCACCAAGCACACGCCCUACAAAGUUAAACAAAGCUAUUUCGUAGUUCGUACAUCAUCAUGCCGUUUCCCCUCUAGACUAAACCCGUGGAAUCUCGUACUCAAGGGUCCGAAUGCCUGAAAAACUGGUUGAUAACUAUUUUUGUAUGAAAAAAGAAGAAGAGCAAGAAGAAGUCUUGUCUUGGCUGUUAAUUCUGUGAAUGUGAUUCUCUCUUUUCCCAUGAAUAAUUUUCUCCCUUUUACUACGCAUUUGUCCUUAUCUUACUGUUUACUACUGUGAAUAUUUAUUGACGGAGUUCUUUUUUCUUCCGCACCAACGGUUUUGCCGUUUGCUUGACCUGUACUCCGUAUGCUUUGCAUUGAUUAUUGCCCCGUAUAAUCCCUUACUUUGAUUCUUCAACCCUUGGGAUAUUUUCUUAUGAUUUUAGACUUUAUUUAUAUUAUAUUCCCAUCUGUUUCGUACCUCGCUUGUAGUCUAUCUCCACCCACAUGCCUGUUUUUUGAGUUUGUCUGAUCUGGUGGAUCCAAUCACCAGAAUACAUUUCCCCUCCCCCGUCAAAUUCUGUGUCUUUCCCAGCUUCAGCAACACCGACUGCAAGAAGAAGGUGAGUUCCGUUGACUCUUAUUCUUGGACAUCUUUGACCGAUUCCUGUCGGUCCGGCUUCCAGUUCACUGCAAUUUGAAGUGGGUCCGAAUCAGUCUUCGAGAUUUUUUGAAUUUCUUAGAAUUAUAUGAACUGGGGUUGUGAUAUUUCACAACUGGUGUUGAUUGUUCUUAGCAAAGUUGUGAACUUUUGAUGAUUGAGUUGGGCUUGGGGCGGCCUUAAGGCAUGUCAGGGUUUGAGAUUUCCAAAUAUGCGCAUAGCCCUGUGCACAAAGCCGUGCUCCUUAAAGACUACGGGAGUCUCAGUAGGAUAAUAGCUGGAUUGCCACACCUAUGUGACCCAUCCAAGAUCCAUUCUGAAUCGAUUUCAAUUGCGGAGGAAGCCAAAGCCGAUGCUAUUUCGGUAAUUAUUGACCGCCGUGAUGUGCCGAACCGGGACACCCCUCUCCACCUGGCUGUCAAGCUGGGCGAUGAAACUGCCACUGAUAUGCUUAUGCGCGCGGGUGCAGAUUGGAGCUUGCAGAAUGAACAGGGGUGGAGUGCUCUACAGGAGGCUAUAUGCAACAAGGUGGAAGGAGUUGCCAUGAUUAUCGUCAGGCACUACCAGCCGUUGGCAUGGGCAAAAUGGUGUAGGAGGUUGCCACGGCUGAUUGAGACCAUGAGAAGGAUGAGAGACUUUUACAUGGAGAUCACUUUCCAUUUCGAGAGCUCGGUCAUUCCUUUUAUAUCCAGAAUUGCCCCUUCCGACACGUACAAGAUCUGGAAGAGGGGUGGGAAUCUCCGGGCAGAUAUGACUUUAGCUGGUUUUGACGGGUUCAGAAUACAACGUUCUGAUCAGAGUGUUCUCUUCUUUGGCGAUGGGUCCGAAGAUGGGAAGUUCCCUCCAGGCUCAUUAUGUAUGGUGUCACAUAAAGAUAAAGAAAUCAUGAACGCUUUGGACGGUGCAGGAGCUCCGGCCACGGAUGCUGAAGUUCAGCACGAAGUUGACGCGAUGUCUCAAACGAACAUCUUCCGGCCCGGAAUUGACGUCACCGAGGCUGUUCUCCUCCCGCAGAUGACAUGGCGGCGGGCAGAGAAAACUGAAAUGGUAGGCUCAUGGAAAGCGAAGGUGUACGACAUGCACAAUGUGAUCGUGAGCAUUAAAUCAAGGCGGGUCCCAGGUGCCAUGACGGAUGAUGAGUUCUUCAAUUCUUGCAACGAAAACGAAACAGAGGGCGAGGAUCUUAAUGAGAUAUUGACCGAGGAUGAGAGGAAGCAGCUCGAGGCUGCCCUCAAGAUUGACACAGCGUCGGAUGAUGUCAGCACUGAAAACGGCAUUGAUGUGUUGAUCCCACACCGUCAUAGCUCGUAUGAGCAAAGGGACAUUCCCAUUGUUGAGGAGAUGAGUGUGGAGAGGGUGGACGAGGAGAAGAAGAGAUGGUUUAAUGGGUGGAGGAAAAAGGAGUAUAAAGCUGAAGGAGAUAAAAAGGUGGUCCCACCCAAGAGUUCCGUCUCUGUAGAAAAAAACAAGGGUUCUUCACCUGCUAGGCACUCUGUGGAUGUUAGUUUGAAGAAGGAUGAUUUUCAACGGAGAAGAGAUAUGAAAGCUUCUACAUCUGCCUAUAAUACUGAGAGUUCAAACCGGCGUAAAGAGACAAACAGAGAGAGUGAGUAUAAGAAAGGGUUGAGGCCUAUUCUAUGGCUUUCCCCAGAUUUCCCAUUGAGAACUGAAGAGCUGCUUCCACUUCUUGACAUUCUAGCUAACAAAGUUAAGGCUAUCCGCAGACUGAGAGAAUUGCUUACAACAAAACUUCCUAAAGGAACCUUUCCAGUUAAGGUUGCAAUUCCUGUGGUUCCUACCAUAAGAGUGCUGGUUACUUUCACAAAGUUUCAAGAGUUGCAGCCGUUGGAUGAGUUUUCAACACCUCCAUCCAGCCCUACUGCUGCUGCGGGGCCGGGGAGGGAAAGUCCCCUUAUCAGCCAGCCUCCAUCCACAUCAUCUUGGUUUCAGUGGAUAAAAUCGCCUUACCAUGCGGCAUCAUCAUCAUCCACUGCAACGUCAAACUGCAGGAUGGAAAACAGUCAAGACCCCUUUGCAAUCCCUUCCAAUUACACGUGGAUAACAGCAGAAGCUAAGAAGAAGAAACUGCAGGAUAAGCUGAAGAAAGGGAAGAACAAGAAACAGUAGCAGCCAUGUGGGGGGAGAGGGGAUCAUUGUUAUUAGAUGUAAUAAUACUACUGGGAGAGUGGAUGUUUUGGUUCUUUUAACUUUUUCUUAGCAACAAAACUGUGGUAAAUUAUUGGGAGGAGGAGAGGUAUACAAGAUAAAUGUAAAAUCUGGUCCAAAUGUUUGAAGGUGAUAUUUUUUUAACUGUUAAUUAUGUGUGCAUUUCUUUGAGAUCAAGUGGUAUAGAACAACAUCAUG